GUGAGGCCCACGGUGCACUUGUUUCCAGGGGUUCCACCGCUACACAGGACCAGGAGGCCAAGGCUCGAACGGAGGGAGAGGUGCAGUGUGUCCGCAGCAAUGGCCUACCAACAGAAACUGGCCGAGAAACUCACCAUCCUUACUGAGAGAGGGAAUGGGGUGCUGAUACGUAUGAACUACAUUAAGAAGAGCUGUGCAGACCCAAAGCAGCGGCCGUCUGUCCUGACAGAUAAAACCAUGGAGUCCGCCGUCAAAUACAUCAACAAAAAAUUCCCCAACAUUGACUUCAGGGGAAACAUUCAACAUCUGACGAGCGUCCAGCGACAGAAAGCUGAAGUGUUGUCAGCCACGACGAGCUACUAUGACUCUUUCCUGGACGUCAUAGAGUUCAGGGACCAUGUGUACGAGUUGCUGAACACCAUCGACGCCUGUCAGUGUUUCUUUGAUAUUGCAAUCAACUUUGACUUCACCAAGAACUACUUGGAUCUGAUCAUCACGUACACCUCAGUUAUCAUAACGCUCUCUCGCAUCGAUGACAAGAAGGCUCUGGUGGGCAUGUUCAACUGUGCCCACGAGAUGACCAAUGGGUGCAGCGACCCCUCCUACCCGAGACUCGGGCAGAUGUUUGUGGAGUAUGAGCAUUCUUGGAAAAAGCUCGCUGAGGAGUUUGGCCCUCACACAAGGUCUGUGACGGCAGCAUUGCUUUCUCUCAAAAUGGUCUACCCACGCAGGAACCUGCCAGCAGAGCAGUGGCGGAGUGCCCAGCUCCUCAGCCUGCUCAGUGCUCCAGCUGCCAUGUUGGACCCAGCUUGCUGUGACACAAUGGCAUGUGAAUACUUGUCUAUCGAGGUGAUGGAGCGAUGGAUCAUUGUCGGCUUCCUGUUGUGCCACAGCAGCCUGAACAACAACCAGGCCUCCCAGGAGCUGUGGAAGAUGGCUCUGCGGAGCGGCCUCUACCUCACCCUCACCAGAGACGAAAGCCUCAUCAUACACAAAGUCACCGAGGACCUGUUCGACAGCAUCAAAGGAUACAGUAAGCGAGUCGCAGACAUCAAGGAAUGCCGUGAGCAUGCUCUACUCAACUGCGGAGCUAUGCACAGGGAGAGGAGGCAGUUUCUGAGGGGAGUGCUGAAGGAAUUAUUCAAGAUUCUGGAGGAUGAACCUGGACUUCUGGGACCAAAGGCCCUGUUUGUCAUCAUGGCUCUGUCAUUUUCCCGUGACGAGGUCCUGUGGCUCGUCAGACACUCUGAGAAUAUGCCAAAGAUAAAGACGCCUGAAGACUACGUUGACAAUCAGAUGGCAGAGUUGCUGUUCCACAUGGAGAAGCUGAGAGGUCUCAUGAGGAAGUACAAUUAUGUGAUACUGCGCUACCAUGUUCAGUACCUCGCACAGUUUGACGCCUUGGUUCUCAAUGACACCAUACAGAACAUGUAUGUGUGUCCAGAAGAGGAAUCAGUCCUGAUGAGCUCUUUUGUCUCGUCCCUCUCUGCUCUCUCAGUCAAACAAGUGGACAACAAAGAGGAGUUCGAUUUCAGAGCGCUUAGACUGGACUGGCUGAGAUUACAGGCCUACACAAGUGUGAACAAGGCUCCUCUUCCGAUAAAGGACUACCCCGACUUAGCAAAGGUGAUGAACGUGAUCCAGUUUCACACCAAGAUGGUGGACAGUGUGGAAGAACUGCUGCAGGAGACAUCAGAGGUGUCCAUACUCUGCUUCUACCCACGUGUCUUUGAGAGGAUGUUCAACCAGAGCGCAGAGGAGACGACCAUGAAGCAUUACCUCAUGUCCUUCCCUUCUGUCUGUUCCCACUUCAGCCAGUGUGGACACUCUCUCUGCCCAGAAGAGACAGAGGAAAUGGAGAAGAGGAGUCUGCGCCUGUGUGUGACCUUCCUGGAGCUGAUAGCCAAGCAAACCAGCAGUGUUGUGUUAGAGAUAUGUGCUGAGCAGUGCAAGCUCAAUGAGCAGUUACAGCCCAAGCACUGUGCGGAGGCCAUCAGCGCUGCUCGCCACAGAAAGCAAAAGAAGGCGGUGCCAAAGAAAGGAGAGUUGCAGAAAGAGAAACCAGGCGCUGAAAGCCUAAGGAAAGACCGGAUCAUCGUCACAAAGGUUGACAAGAUGCAUCUGACGCUGACAGAGCUCUGCUCCACCUACAGUCUCUCCACUGACUUUAUCGUCUUCGAACACAUUGUGAUCCCUACAGAGUUCCUCCUUUCUCAUCUGGAGAUAAACCUCUCUGAGAUCAUCGUGAGAAUGGCCAAUUACAACCGGACCACCCAGGAGAUAGCCCGUCCCUCAGACCUCCUUGCAGGAAUAAGAGCCUAUACAGCCACCCUGCACAGCAUCUCCAGCUACAUCAGUGUGGACAUCACCCGGCUGGUGAAGAGUGUCCUGCUGCAGCAAACACAGCCACUGGACUCGCGCGGAAGGCAAACCAUCACAACCCUCUACACAACCUGGUUCCUAGAGAGUCUCUUGCGUCAGGCCAGCAACUACCUCAUUGUCCACUGUCCUGCGAUGCACUGCUUUGUCAACCAGACUACCGACAAUGAACCAAGUUUCAGAGCCGAAGAGUUCUCUGAUGUAUCAGAGCUACAGGCCCUGGCGGAGCUAAUUGGUCCAUAUGGCCUGAAGUUCCUCAGCGAGAACCUGAUGUGGCACAUCACCUCUCAAGUCAGUGAGCUAAAGAAACUGGUGAUUGAGAACAUGGACACCCUGGUGCAGAUGAGAAGCAACUUUGAUAAGCCAGAGGAAAUGGCCAAUCUUAAAAAGAGGCUGACAGGUGGAGAGAAUGUGCUGAAGAGGAUGACCAUCAUCGGGGUGAUCCUGUCCUUCAAAUCAAUGGCACAGGACUGUCUGAACGAUAUCCUACAUAAACAUUGCCCGUACCUGAUGGGGCCCAUCAAGUGCCUGAGAGACUUCAUCUCCCCUGAAGAUGACAUCAAGGUGACUCUGAGCGUUUUUGAGUUGGCAUCUGCUGCAGGGUUGACAUGCAACAUCGACCCUGCCCUUGUUGCAGCCAUCAGCAGUAUGCAGACAGAUAACACAUCCGCCGAUGAAGAGUAUAAGCUGUCCUGUUUGCUGCUCGUCUACAUCGCUGUAUCCCUGCCUACCCUGGCCCUGGACAACAACUCGUCCUACAGCCGAGAGCAUGGAGGCCACAACAACAACAUCCACUGUUUAGCUUCAGCUAUCAACCAGCUGGCUGCUGCCAUGUUCACUGUUCAGAACAAGAACAUAGAGCAGCAUCUCAAAGAGUUUCUUCUGAUUGCCUCCUCAACUCUGCUACAGCUGGGACAAAAUGUAGAGAGAGCGGAGGUCAAAAACCGAGAAUCCAUCUACCUGCUCCUGCACAUGAUCGUGGACGAGUCUCCGUUCCUGAGCCAGGACCUGCUCGAGAGCUGCUUCCCAUAUGCUCUGCUCCGAAAUGCAUACAGAGACGUGUACAGAUCCUUCGUCGUCACUCUGGGCUGAAGAAUGUUUUUAAUACUUUUAAUUUAACCUUUAUUUAUCCAUGGGACUAUUUUAAUUUAAAUUUUCCUCACUUUCAUUCACUGUCUUAUAUUUCGAUCACAGUUAGUGCUGAUAAUGUAUUUCCUGUGAGUUAGGACUCUUGAUUUACCCUCUUUCCCCCUUUUUACAAACUUUCAACUUAAAUUAUAGUGUAGAUUCACAACUACUGUGAUAUUACUUAUAUCAACUUGAAUCAUUCAAAUGCAAAUCAGCUUUAUUCUGCUUUUCAAAAGAUUAUUAUUUUAAUAGCUGUUAUUCCUUACGAAUUUCCCACAAAUAAAGAUGAUAAUUAUAA